UUGCAAAACUGAGCAACUAUCAGUAAGGUAUUCACAAGCGAAUGAAACGGAGCAUGGAUUAGGUUUCGGGAAAAUGUUAGUCGUGAAUACGCGCCGCAUGUAUCUUAACAUAAAUAAAACAUGCGAAUAACCAUUUCCCGUUCAUGUAAUAUAUGGUUGUUAUAGAUUUAAAUUUUUUUUUCUAAAGGAAGUAUAAAUUUUAAAUGGUCAUUGAAAAGUAUUAGAACAUUUUCAAAAAAUGUAGAAUAGAAAAUGAGUGUUGUGCUGCAAAAAUUGGUCACUUCAAAUGUUCUACUAAUUAAAAUAAUCUUAUCGUUAGAGAGUAUGUAAGUAAAAAAUAAAUGAUGACUAAUAUGACAGCUUUAUGGAGAAGAGUUGUCAUUCUUCUGGUUGUUGUUAUCGCAAUUCUUCAGGUUAUCCACAUGACUCUUCUAAGCCGGCUAGAAGCUAGAAAAAACAGCAACAUUCGUAAUGGUGAGAAAUCAGAAUGGCAAAACCAACAAGAAUUUCAAGAAGCUCAACUUAAGAAGGAUAUGACGCAUAUGUUGGAAACUAUUAAACAGAGUAGUGUCCUUGAUUCCAGUGGUGAAUAUCGAAUCAUUAACUUUGUAAUGCGAGCUGAAAGUUACGGGGUAAAAAACAAUGUUCGACAAGACUUGAGUCUAGUCACGCAAACUACCAUUAAACAUUUAAUUCAUCUCGAAUCAAUAGUUAGCCGAUGGCAUGGUCCGAUAUCCGUCGCCAUUUUUAGUCUGACACAAGACAUUCCACUUGCCAUUGACGCCAUAUUGAAUAUCAGACGUUGUGUUCCAGCAACCAGAACAAAUACAAGUUUUCACCUAGUCUAUCCAUUAAACAGCCCUUACAAUAAGGCACCUUCUCCUCAACCAGUAGCCCUAGAUCCAUGUGAGAAUAUGAAAGAUAGAAUUUCUAAUUUUAAAAUAUCAGAUAACUACGCUCACGGUGUUCCAUAUCCUAGUAACCUUUUAAGAAAUGUAGGCAGGCGCAACGCUCUAACGGACUUUAUAUUUGUCAUGGACAUCGAUAUGGUACCAAAUGACAAUUUGUACUCCGAUUUUAUGGAAUUUGCUGCGACGAAUAAACUGUUCGUAGAAUCUCAUAAAGACGAUAAAACUGUUUAUGUUGUGCCUGCCUUCGAGAUUAAAGAGGGUAUAGAAAUACCACAGGACAAAACAGGAUUGCUUCAGUUGUUAGAACUAAUGGAGGCAAGGCCUUUCUAUUUUGAAAUGUGUUGGAAAUGCCAAAAACACACGGACUAUGAAACUUGGCAGAAAGAACCUCCAAGUCCAAAACUUGCUGUUAUAUUUGAAGUUCUCUGGCGGGAUCCAUGGGAACCAUUUUAUAUAGGACGUAAUGUUGCGCCAUUUUACGAUGAACGUUUCAGGCAGUAUGGCUUCAACAGAAUUAGCCAAGUAUGUGAGCUUCAUGUUUCUGGCUACAAAUUUUCUGUUCUCAACAAUGCUUUCAUCGUGCAUAAAGGUCUUAAAACACCUUCAUCUUUUCAUAAGGAUAAAGAAGUGGAUCAAGAAAGAAACCGUCAAUUAUUUAGACAGUUCAAGUUUGAAUUGAAGGAAAAAUAUCCAGAUUCUUCACGUAAAUGUUACUAAAUUUUGUUUUAAAAACAAUAUUGUUAAAUGAAUGAUUUCCAUUAAAGUUGUUGUUGAUGAGUCUUUGACUUCAUCUCAAAAG